GUCUUACUACCAGCGCGGGAUGCUCAGUGGGGGAGGUGGCUGGUGUUUUCCACAGCGCCCUCUGCUGGAAAAUUGGUGCAGCGCAGGCGACGUGAGGUAUUUCCUCAUCACAAGUCAUGCGAUUCUUUCAUCAUGUGACUUAGGGAUUUCUACUAAACACAACCUGGACAGAUCGCUGCACAGUGAUUGGCUGAGAACAUCUGAGAAGAGAGCGAGGCCAUCCUCUGAGGAGUCUGUCAGCGCGAGGUUUAUGGCGGGGAUCCAGCUGUAUGAGCGUGUCCACUACAGGCAUGACGCCCGCUGGCUGCUGGAGGAUGGUGACAAUUGCCUUUGCUUGGCCUGUGUGAUAGAGAUGAUGGAGGACGGAGGUGUUUCGGUUGUUCGCAAGAAGCAUAUGCUCUCUAGCUUUCAGACAUUUCUAGAGAAACAAUCAUCUACAGUAUAUACAUUUCUUGGCAGUGAUGGAAGGAUUUGUGCCCAUUUUGUUGGACAGAUGCUGGGGUUGCUGGUGAAUAUGGAAGAUGACUCUGCCUUAAAUAUUAUUACUGAAAUUUUGGUCGAGUUAAUUUUGGGCUUCAAGUUGGAGCAGUUUGUUCAUUGUGUUUUGGAUGGAUGCAUGAAAGAGUUAUCAGAGGUAACCAGCAUGAGAUUGUGCCUUCCAAUACUAAACUUCCUAGGGAAACUGGUAGAUGCAAUGCCAAGUGUAGCUGAAAUUAUAGCUACAGACCACUACAACCUCGUAGAACAGUUACCACAGGGACUAAUGUACCCGAAUGAAGGACUGAAGGCUGCGGUGUGUUACUUGUAUGGCAAGCUUUUCUCUUCAUCUGCUGCAGCACUAAAGCUUGCUGAUCAUUUCAUGAAUAAACUUUGUGAACUUUUUCUGGCUACACUGGAAAAUGCACAGACAAAAGAAUUACAGAUAAACUGCAUGGGUUUUCUGAAACAGUUGUUGAAUUUUGAUCAGUUUGUGUCAGUGAUAAUGAAUGUAUCUACAUGGAAUGACGAUUCUGAGAACACCCCAUCUUUACACGCACAAAUGCCUUUGCCUCUAGUAUUGAAAAAGAUUUUGUUAUCCAGAGACGAGUUUUUACAGAUUGCAAGCACACAAUGUAUUGCAGCGGUUCUUGUGCAUUUUUCAGCUAAAUAUGCACCCUCCUUUAUACUUGCUGAUAUUCCAGAGUUUUUAUUUGAAAACCUAUUGUGCACAAGUGAAGCCCUCAUCUGGUCAAUAUACUGCUGUCUUAUCCUUAUGACUGAGGAGAGGAUUUUCUUCACUAAAUUCCACACGGUGUACGGUUUCGAGGCUGUGCUAAAAAGUUUAAAGUAUGUACUGAAGAUGAACAACAUGGAACUACAGAAACAGGGUCUGUUACUGCUUACGGAAAUUCUAAAAAGGCAGCCUGUUGAAAUAAAGCUUUUUACCAGUACUGGAAUGUAUAAAGCUGCUGUAGAUGUUCUGAGGGUGGCAGUCAACAGCUCUGUUUUGGAAGUUGCCAUACAAGCGUCUAAAGCGGUGUCGUCAUUUUUAAGAAAGGAUCAUCUCAGUAUUCCAGUCCAGUAUGAAGAGUUGGAGAAGCUUCUUAAACAGAUGAUGGAGCGCUGCUCAGAGCUUUCUUUUACAUCCCCAAGAAGGAAAUCUUCAAGGAAGCAAACUAAGAAGGAUGAGACUAAAAGUAUCUCCCGUCAAGGACAGUUUCUUACUAAUGUGCUAGAGAGCUUUCACAAUGCCUGCAGAUUGGCCCUGGACUGUAAGGAUUACCGCAUAGCUCAUUGCAAUGCCUUCACAGCACCUUCUUCCAAAAGCAACAAUACACUGCAGACAUUUUCUUUGUACCUGAUAAAUACAUGUGACAAUUUUUGUAUACCAAUUGUUUUGAAAUAUUAUGAAUGGACAGCAGUUCCAGCAACAAUGGAGAUAUUCUUCUUGAUGCUUACUGAUAUGUUUGCAGUUGUACCUAAUAUGAAAGAGAUAUUUGCUGUAAAACUCGCUUCAGCAUCUAUUAUAAGAUUGGCCAUGGAAAUAAAGUCAACACUAUGUUCUGUUCAAAGGAACUUUAAUGUGAACAAUGCAUGUUCUGAUUUUCUGUGUCACUUAUGUAGUAUUGUUUGGGAAGUAAAAUCAGCUAAUGAGACAAAUUCUCAAAAAGAAGUCUUUGAUAUUUUAAAAAAGAGCUUAAUCCACAUUGAAGGCAGCGUAGAAGGUUUUAUAUCUAUUUUACUGGAGUCACCAAAUGGCCAAACUGAUAGAGAGGUUCUAAUUUGCAAGCAGCAAGCGCUUCUGAUCAUUGCAUGCGUUGCUUACCUAAUGGAAGACAGAUUUAUAUCAGAGACUGAUUUAUGGUGGACAGUUCAAAGUUACCUUCAUUCUCUGCAAAGCCAUGGGGAUCAGGUUCCACCAUAUGUAGUUAGAGCUGUGCUGUAUCUUUUGGCACGAAGUCAAGACAAAUGUGAAGCUCUCAAUGUGAUGUCAGUGAAUAUGAUCUGCAAAAUGCUAGAAAAUGUUCCAGACAUCCAGGUGGUCUAUUGCCAUCAUCCCCUUUUCCUUAAACUUUUCUUCAACUAUCCCCAACUGAUGGAGAAAUAUGGAUGCCCAAUCAUGAAAUGUUGGAUUAAUCAGGAAGAUUGCAAUAAAGAUGAGUCCAAAACAAGCAAUGCUACCAAGCAUAAUCCUACUGUCGAGUGUACCGCAAAGCCAAUAAUAAGUAUUCUUCACCACUCUCCAACUGCAAUCCUUAUUUUGCUGGUAAGUCAAUCAGCAAAAGUUUGUCUAUUGAGCUGUCCUCAUGACUUUUUGUCAAUAGUGUAG